AUGGCCUACAGAAAUGGAAAAGUGGAUGAAACACUUUCUCCGGGCUUUCAGAGGUGCUGGAUAGGUGGGGACCUGGCAAAAUUCAUGGGCUGCUACCUGACUAACCAACUGUCUAUUGAGAUAUUUACCGCCCCAGAUUUUUACAUGAAUAUGGAUAUAAGCGUGCUCUCACAAUUCAUGUACUACAAGUUAAAGAAUCAGAAGAAAAAUGUAAGUGACCUCAACUUUACAGAUGAGAAAACUGAGGUGUUCAUGAACUAG